AUGGUCGAGACUAUCCCCGAAGAUGACAUCCUCUAUCUCACGCCAAUGUCGUCCCAGCCUGAUACCACGGAGUUUGCUCCCCCCCUGAGACAGCUACUAGAGGCUGCCAUGUGUCGCUCCUUGAAUCUCGAUGGGAAUGACCCCAAGGAAUUUAUCCCCGAGCCUGAUCUCUACCGAAUCCUUACCCCGGACUCGGCACUAGAGGCCUUGAUUUCGAACCCUGGCAUCGCCGAUUUGGUGUGUCGCAUCUAUGCUCCUACAAUCUUCAACAAGCAGAAGCCAUACAUCAAGACUUUUGCCAUUCUAGUCUUGAUCGACCGUAUCGAUGCCCUCCCAGCCUUUAUGCAGAAUUCUCUCGGCGACAAGCACUUGCCGUUGACGUUUACCUCGACAUCGGGUGAAAUGACUACCUUGGUUCGGUCCCUGGAAACACCGUCUUGCUCCGAUCUAUCAUUAAUGGGGUUCAGCCACUACGAAGCCCUGUUGUUCGUGGAUACACAAUGGAAACUCUUGGCGCCUGUGUUCGCACGACGACAACUUGAUAACGAGCCACUCGAGUUCUCGGAGGACACAGUACUGCCAUUCAUCAUGUCUGAAUCUUCACCGGGGCUUGGGAUGCCUCGAAACGAAAUGAGCAACAAUUCUCGCAUUUACAAAGUCCAGAUUCACGACGGGCAUCACGACUUCCCCACUGCCGAGGUUGCAGUCAAGAAACUGCUUCAUGGUAGAUCAAAUGACUACAAGCGUGAGCUGGAAGCCCUUAAGACCUUGGGCCGCCUAGGCCAACCUCACAUCACCAAGCUACUUGCCACCUUUAAGUGUGGAAAGAAGUUUUACUUCCUCUUCCCCUGGGCUGAAUCCGACCUCCACAGCUUCUUCGCCAACCAGUCGCCGUCUUCACCUCGCAAAUUGAACGGCGCCGUAGUGCCUACUACCACCUGGACCGCGAAGCAGAUGCUCGGCAUUGCCGGGGCCCUGAAGGCAAUCCAUUACUGUCAACAGAACAAACGUUCUGAGCCAACUAGUGAGAAGAAUUCAUACGCAGCUGGUUGGAGUCGGCAUGGGGAUAUCAAACCGCAGAAUAUCCUUUGUUCCAAGAGCCGAGACAGUGACACGUUGAAGCUUUGCGACUUUGGCUCCUCCCGAAUUGGAAAUGUGGCAACCCCUCCGCCGGGUGACAGACCCGCAGACUUUUCACCGACGUACCGUGCUCCAGAGCAUGACGUUGGCAUCUUCGAUGGUCAGAAGACUGACAUUUGGUCGCUCGGCUGCGUCAUGAGUGUAGCAGCUACAUGGAUGACUUUGGGGAGCAAGGGUGUCAAGACUUUCGACGCCGAUCGUCGGACAAAGGCUGAUGGACGGUUUGAUAACUCCUUUUUCGAGGUUUUCAAAGACCAAGAGAAGGGAACCCGAGUCAGACUCAAGGCUGCUGUAUCUCAAUUGAUCAGUCGACUACACCGAGCUCCAACAGCAAGUUUAUUCACACACGAUCUUCUGAACCUCGUUCAAGAUGGGAUGCUCGAAGUCGACGGUUCUAAGCGGAUGUCGAUCGGUGAUAUUGUAUCCAGCCUCGAGAAGAUGUUCGAAAUGUGCUCUAGUGAUCCUGGUUAUACGAAGGCAGCCCCUUGGAGGCAUUCGCCAAGCUGGACAGUUCGACAACGGCUCUUGACAGGAGCCCUUUCACCCCAAGCUCGCUCUCUCACUACGAAGUUGGCCAGUGUGCCGAGUACAAUGCGACAAGGUGGAGGACUGUCAACCACCACACCUCGAGCUCGGUCUCUCGCUAUAAACGUGGUCAAGGUCCCAAGUCCACCGCGGCGGAGUCGAAUGCUGCCAACAAUCACAUCUCAGGCUCCGUUUGGUUCUAACUACACCAACUCAACCCAUGGACUUUUCCCAGAAAUUGACGCAAGACUUAGUGUGACUUUACCCAGCUCACUCCCAGGGCAAUUCUUUUCUAAUCAGGCACAUCAUGACAGCUUCAUGAACCAGUCAAACCCUGUCUUUGAAGAAAUGGGUUUCUAUACUGCACCAGACAUUGGUGGGCUGGCAUGUCUAGACACAGAGCAGUACCUAGCCUCUUUCGAAGAACCCCCCAUACCCCAUUUCGCUGUUCCAGAGUCCACCAGUGGAGAAAAGCGACGCUGUGAGCCAGAUAACAACAAUAAUAACAAGGCUGAGGUCAAACGACGAAGGUCGCAGAAGCAGAGAACAAAGGUUGCAUCCAGCCUCUCGGGACCUGAAGAACCCAUUGGUCUGUCUUCCAAGGUCUCUACAGGUGCUCAAGAUGAAGAGCGCCCUCUGGCAUGUCCUUACUACAAACAUGAUCCGAAGAAGUACUGCAAGAAGAAUUGGAAGUUGUGUGGAAGUGAUGGCUGGGACGACAUUCACAGACUCAAUCAAGAACACCUCAGCCGUAAACAUCAUAAAUCCGGGCGUAAAUGCAGUAUAUGUCUUGAGCGACUGCCAUCGACGGACGAUCUCAAGAAGCACUACAAUGCUCACGCACGAUGUUGGGGUUUAUGUCAAGCCCAGUGGCGCGGUAAGACGCGCGCCUACAAGUGGUGUGAGCUCUACAAGAUAAUCUUUGGGUCAACCUCCCCCGAGAACAUGCCCUCUCCCUAUCGCGAUGAUCUUGAGAUGUUUCGCAAGUUUCUCGAAUCGAAAAAACAGCAGUCAGCUUGUGACAAAUUCCAGAUCGACAUGUGUCUGAAGCUGGUUCGCGAAUUUCAGAAUCCUGGAUCUCUUGGGUCUGUCACACAGUCGACUGACGCCUCUGAGCUACCUUCGUUGACUGGUGGUUGGUCCAAUGACUCGACCUCAUCUGUUGGUGCCAUGGCGAUGAGCGGUGAAGCGGAGGUGGUUCAGUUUGAGUAUGACAGAACGCCUGGUGCCAAAUACCAAUCACAGCAAGCUGUAACGAUAGCACAAGAUGCUCUGGCUGAUGGCAGUCAGUUCUUCUUGGAGGAGUUUCGCGAUCUAUCAGAUUUAGAUCAAAACGGGUCUGUUAUCUGA